CAAAUUCUCCAAUCAGCUGUUCAGGUGUUGAGUUUAAAAAAAUUACCUAAAAUCUGGAGAUGUAUCAUCAAAAUACAUCAGAGUGUUGUAUUAAAAAUGUAUCAGACUACAUAAAUUUCAAAAAUAUGUAAAUAAAUAUAAAUAUAUAAACACAAAUAUAGUGACGAUAAUCACUCUAGUAUAAUUCAAAAUGUUGAAAUUAUCCUCAAAAGAAUUAUGGUUACUAUUAAUCCAACUGUGUACUCGACGUCGAGCGAUGGUGAACAAACUCUGGUGCCGGAAAAUAAGUCGAGCAUGGCUAGAAACAAAAUCACCACCACCACAUCCAAAAUUGCUAACAGAAUCAAGAUUUAAAGCACACGCAUCCUGGUGGUAUGUCUGCUAUCGUUGGUUGAUGAGUCUUGCCUGGAUAUCGAUUGUCAUUUGUUCAAUAUGGGAAAUAGGAAGUCAAGAUCCGUCAGCAAGCAAAUAUGGGAGCCGUAAAUGGGGCGCUUAUUUAACAAACUGGCAUUUAACAUUUGGAGUUGUGCAAACAAUUGUUGGUGCGGUACUCGUUACAAGACGUUGGGUACACCAGAGGUAUCCUGACUUCAAUCCUUACAAUAUUAAAUUCGGGAUGUUGGAGAAAAUUUACUGGUUCCUAUUUACCGUGUCAUCGGCACUGGCUAUUGGUGUUACAGUAGCAUACUGGGUUGCGAUCCAUGAUCCAAAAAUUCACUACGUAGACAGUGUUAAUUUAAUGCAACACGCUCUCAACAGCGUACUUGUUGUUAUAGAUUUAUUUAUCUGCGCAAUACCAAUACGGCUGCGUUGUUUUUGGUGGACUGUUGUUGUUAUUAUUAUUUAUUUAUUAUUUUCUAUUAUUUAUUAUGCUGCUGGUGGCGUUGAUAGGAAGGGCUAUCAUUAUAUUUACAAAAUUCUUGAUUGGAAGAAACCUGGUAUCACAUUAUUGGUAUCAUUGGGAGGAAUCGUAUUUAUAAUUGUAGUUCACUGCCUACUUACUGGUCUAACUUGUUGUCUAGACCGAUUCAAGUCGCAGAGUGAUAAAAGUAUUCAUGAGCCAUCCUUGUCAUUAGAUAGUAAUGAACAGAGGACUAAAGUUAGAGAUGUUGAAAUUGUUUGAAAUUAUUUUCAUGAUACUAGCAUCGGAACUUAAAGUUUCAGUGUCUCUACAGGCAGUCGAAAGAAGUCAAUUUCAGUCCAAUGCCGCGAAUGAAUAUCAGCAAACGUGUAAAUUGUUAUUGCCUUCAGUCAGCGGACAGAAACAAACUUGUUUUGUCCCUUGGGAACAAACAAUGUUUCUUCGCACUGACUGAAGGCUUUAGCAGUUUAAAAUCUAAUACUUGUCAUUUGUUUAAUAGUAAUUAUAAACUAUUUUAGUAUAUUAAACACCAAGGAAGGAAAGUAGGACAUUCCAACCCUUGUGUGUAAUUGCCUACUCAAGCCGAAGGCAAGGGUGUCAAACACGCGGAUUGGGCCGUCCUACUUUCCUCUAUGGCUUGUAUACAAUUUUUGACCAGAUUUGUACCUGAAAGUUUGAAUUCCUACCCUGUUUAGCGGAACAAAAGUCGUUCUUUUCUUUUAUGAGAAAAUAAAUGACAAAAUUAGCGCAUGCGUCAUUUUUUCUACAAACAGCGGCAAAAACUUAAACUUUCGAUGCAGGUCUGGUGAAAAAUCGUAUACAAAUUAUGGAGGAUAGGACGUCCCAAUCCACGUGGUUGCCAUUACUGCGUGAAUGUCCAACUUUCCUCCUUUGGUGUAUAAUAUACUAUUACGUAAAUGACAGUUCUGACUUUGUGAUUGAGUUUUAUAAAAAUUAUUGUGAAUAAUAAAUAGUACUUAUAGUUUCUGCUUAAUUAUAAAUUGCAAAUGACAAUUUACGCUUACGCUAAUAGUCGAUCACACUAUUGGUCUAAAAUUAACUUGUUUCUGACUGGCUGCUGACACUGAAACUUUAAGUUCCAAUGCAGGUAAUCAUGAAAAAUCUAGUGUGUAACUCAGGAUGAAACACGAUGUCAAACUGCGGGUGAUUUUAGCAAAUCGUUUUGUUUCAAUCCUUGUCACACAUUAUACUAUUGUUAAAUAAAUAGCUAAUUUUUUUUUUAACAAUAAUAUGCUCAUUUAUAGUAAUAGAUAUUAAUUUUAAUUAAUAACUAUCAUCGGCAUCGUAUUUGGUGUAGUAAUCAUUGUAUGAUAUGUGGUAUCAAUUGAUUGUUUUUAUAUAUCAAUUAUGCGCACGUGGAUCUCAUAAUUUUCAUCAUCAUUUAUAAUCCAUCUAUUAAUUGUAAUUAUUAUAACUAUUAAAAAACGUUAAUUAUUCUUAGUAUUUUUAAAUAAAUAAUUCCAAAUAUAUAUUAUUCCAAAGAAAGUAUUACUAUCUGCUAUGUAGAUUAUAAUUAGUAAAAAAAAUGUCAUUCCAUUAAUUUUUUAAUUAGAUAGAUAAUCAUAAUUAAUUGUAAUUUUUUCUAAAUAAAUGAACACUCAGUAGAAGUGAUUACUUCUAAAUUGUGUUAGGAUGAUUGGGUAAAAUUUAAAUAAUUUUUGUAAUCAUUAAUCUUAUUACUGUUUAUUAUAAAAAGCGACGACUUAUUUUUUAUGAGGAAAAAAAAAAUUUUGACAAU